AGUUCAAAAAACCCUCCAAAAAUCUCCAGUGUUUUUUUCUGGUUUCCAUUUCGGCCAUCAAGCUUCUCCGCUUUCAAUCUCUCAUGGAGCCCCAGCAAGGCAAACAGUCUCCGCCGCUCGAAGACUGCUUGAAGCUGUUGAAGGGCGAGAGAGACGAGCAGCGACUCGCCGGCCUUCUUCUCGUCACCAAGUUUUUCAAAGGCGAUGACUUAUCCUCUCUCCAAACCAUUUACAAUGCCGUCGGCGUCGGCUUUCUCGAUCGUUUGUUCAGGACUGGGAUGGGAAAAGGAAGCAUUAGUAGCAGUGGAAGUGAAAAUCGCGAUGCAUAUUUGCAGUUAUCUGUUACUGUUCUUGCUGCAUUCUGUCAUGUUCUGGAAAUUGCUGCUUCAAACGACAUGGUUUCGAAGAUUCCACUGGUACUGGAAGUUUUAUCCACAGAGCCAGGAUCAGCUGUUCUUGAAGAAUGCUAUGAAUUUCUGUAUUUGGUGUCUACAGCUUCCGAAGACGGAAUCAUGACAUUUUACACUUCAGGGGGCAUGAAUAUGCUGGCUUCUCAUAUGUCCAUUUUCCCAGACGGUUCUCAUCAGAUGGAGCUUUCUAUGAAACUCGUGCAAUUGAUACUAAAUAAACUGUCUCUUGAAAUCAUUAACCAAGACUACGUUCCAGAGCUCUCAAAGAUUGUGGCUGCAAUAACAAGACAAUUUGCUGUCUUGCAUAAUGCUGUGAAAUUUGAUGUGCUCCACCUACUGGCUGCCAUCCUCUCAUCAAAAUAUUCGGCACCACUUUAUGAUUCUCUUCGUGUACUACCAGAAAAAGAUUUGCCAAAUUAUAUGCGUGAUGGUAUUGCGGCCAUUCUACAAAACCGUGUUGCACCUACUGAAAAGCUUCAGGCACUUAUACUGGCUGAUUCUAUGAUGACAAUAUUCGGGGAACGAUGGUUAAUAGGUCAUAUCAACUUACCUGGCGUGAAGAAGCCUAUUCCAGCUGACAGGUGCUUAGUGCUUGUGCUGGAGCAAUCAAGGGUUGAAGUUGCGGUUCUCCUUAAUGAGCUUGCCCAGCUGAAAGAUGAAGCAUCCAAAAGGUCUUCAGCCCCUGCAGAGACAAUUGUUUCAAAGAAACGGGAUGUGGCUAUUGCCUUUUCCUUGCUUGAAAAGAUAAUUAGCUUAAUAUCAAAUGCCAGCGAGAAUGAAGGGGACAUUAUUGAUGAAAAUACUUUCAUGAAGGUGAUUAAGGGCCUUAAUGAGACAAUUGGUGUAGUUCUAGAGUAUUUACAAGAUGCAAAGGAACAUGGACAGAGGAAGGGAGAUGAUCUUCUUGCUUCAGUGCGGAUUAUUGGGAGCUAUCUUGCAGAAACACCCGUUGCAUGCAAAGAGAAAGUUAGAGAACUUUUAGAGUAUAUGCUUUCCAUUGAAGGUGAAGAUGAGCCAAGCCCCUUCUACUCUAUAUGCUUUUUGCUUCCUUUGCUGUGCCAAAUGACAAUGGAGAUUGAAGGAUGUAAAGCUUUGAUUUCUUGUGGAGGCCAUAUUUCUGUUGUUGAUUGCCUUGUAAAAUUGAUUGGGCCACAUGGUUAUAUGGUCAAGGAUAAUGGCUGCAUCUUUUUGGCAAGUGACACAAUCUUGAAUCUUCUUUUAAAGAAAGAGCAAUUGCGAAUCCCAUUGGAUGAUUCAACUCUUGUUAAUCUAUUGAAAGCAUUGGCAUAUUGGACAGAGGGUAUAAAUGACCCGUCAACUAUUAUGAUGGCUUCAAGCAUAUGCGCACUGCUAUUUGAUUUUACAUCAGAGAAGGCUCUUCUUAAGCAUCCUAACUUUGAUGUCAGCACUCUUGAUAGUUUGUCUCUGCUCAUUGCAAGAAGUCUGGCUUCACGGGGACAGGGUAUGUCCGAUGCUGCUAAAUCAGAAAUGGAUCUUCUUGAGAUUGUAACGCAAGGAUAUUCUCAAUGGGUGGAUCUGUUCCCUCAUGUAAGGGAAACCAUUGAGAGAUAGCGUGAUCCUUCAGUGAAAUCUUGAUCUUCAAGUUUACUAAUAUGUCAGAUCAGAUGGAUGAUGAAAAUGGGGAAGGGGAUUUAACCUUGUUUAGCAAUCAAAUGGGCCAGCCGAAAGAUAACCACGUCAUGCUUAUCUCAGCUUCCUCUCUCACCCCCCAAAAAUCGAUGGCUUGCUCACUUGUUUUUGCGAGUUGCAUGUAUCAAUUUCCUCUGUAUGCCUUCAAUUUAUAAAGUUAGGAUUUUUGUAUAUGUUUAAUUAAUUAUAACUUAUAAGUAGUGUUUUGUUUGAUUUAUAAAGUUAAAUAAUAAUAAAAAGUUGCGAUUUUUGUAUACAUGAAAUAAA